AUGGUUCCUCACUGGGCCACUACAGUCGAGCACCAGCACGAAGGACGUGACUUUUCUAUCAAAGAUCUGCCACAUGGUUUAUGGGUGUGUAUGCGUUGGACAUUUGGAUGGGUACGCAAAAUGAUGGACACAGAGGAGAAAGGGGGGGGAGGGGCGUGUGGCCGAGGUUUGGGCAAUACACACCGACCUACACAAAGCGGGCAACAGACUCGGGUUAAUAUCGUGAAGAGCACUGUUCAGCCCUGGCUACGAAGUAUGCAUUUCCGUGCGUUUGUUUACUUGUUGGUCGGUCAGAUGGUCAGUUGGUCAGUUGGUCGUUUGGUCGGCCGAUCUGUCGGUUCGUCAGUGGAGCCAAGCGACCAGGGACCACUUGACAGGCACAGGUGGACAGCGCCACGACUAAUAUGUCAUGGAGUCUGGUAUGAAGGUAUCGAUCAUGUUGUAUAUGGAGCCGAAAUACAUGCCGGUCAUGGUCUCUCCUUUCAUCCGGUCUUGCUCAUCUGCCUCGAGCAAAAAAUAAUAAAAAGUUCUAGCCAUGAUGAAGUCAUACAAAUGGCAUGCCAGAAGGCAACUGCUUGCUUGUUCAUCAGAAACGAGAACGGAGCCAGUCUCAGCGACCCGGCCGAGCAAGAUGAGUCUACAACCACCUACAAGCCAGACGCCGGCUCGUGA